UCCCCAACAGAUAUCAGAUAAGCUUUCUCUCUUUACUUCUCUGCCAAUACCGUUAUGUACUCUGAUCAACUCUCAAGUCUCGGUGGCUGCAAACCAUGAAAAACGGCUCCUAAAGCUCUGUUCUUGAGUACCCUUCUUACUGUGCUGAUCAAAUCAAGGAGGAGUGAUGGAUAUGAGUAACACCCAAAAUGGUAUUAUGUGGUUCUUCAGGGAUAAAGGUUUUGAUGAUAAGAGUAUUAAUGAAAUGUUCAGAAAAUGUAAGCGUCUUGAAGGUGCAGAAAGUGAGAGAGCUUCUGAGAAUUGGGCUUACUUGAAAAGUGUAGGUAUUCAAGAGAGAAAGCUACCUUCUGUUAUUUCCAAGUGUCCUAAAAUCCUUACUCUUGGUCUUCAUGAGAAGCUUGUUCCCACUGUUGAAUGUCUCAACACCCUUGGUACCAAGCCCAGAGAAGUUGCUUCAGCCAUUACCAAGUUCCCUAAUUUACUCUCCCAUAGUGUGGAAGAGAAACUAUGUCCACUUUUAGCCUUCUUUCAGGCUCUGGGUAUUCCUGAAAAGCAACUUGGAAAGAUGAUUUUGCAAAAUCCAAGGCUUAUUAGCUACAGUAUUGAGACAAAGCUGACUGAAAUUGUUGAAUUCCUUGCUGGUCUUGGCCUUGCUAGAGAUGGGGUUAUUGGGAAAGUACUUGUUAAGAACCCUUUUAUUAUGGGUUACAGUGUUGAUAAAAGAUUGCGUCCUACUGCAGAGUUUUUGAGAGCAAUAGGUCUCACUGAGUCGGGUCUUCAGUCAGUGGCUAUGAGUUAUCCUGAAGUUUUGUGUAGAGAUGUGGACAAGAUUUUGAGGCCAAAUUUCACUUAUCUUCAGAGUUGUGGGUUUGGAGAUGGACAAAUAGCAACUUUGGUAACUGGCUAUCCACCUAUUCUGAUCAAGAGUAUCCAGAAUUCUUUACAACCUAGAAUCAAGUAUUUGGUAGAGGAGAUGGGAAGACAGAUUGAUGAAGUCACUGAUUUUCCCGAUUUCUUUAGGUAUGGUUUGAAGAAAAGAUUGGAGUCACGGCACAAAGCUUUGAAACAGAGGAAAGUGGAUUGCAGCUUGAAUGACAUGCUGGACUGUAACCAAAAGAAGUUUCAAAUGAAGUUUGGUUUGGUUUGAAGGAAGGUACUAGAUAACAUCUUUUCAAAUUUCAUUUUUGUUGUAGUGUAGCUUGGAGUUGAACUUGUAGAUUGAAUUUAUGCUCUUCAGUUUGUAGUUAUUCCAUAUUGUUUAUGAUUCUGGAUGUACCAAAGAGACAAAGCUGACUCAAGCCGCUGUUUGGGCAUAAGCCAUCUUGAUUUAAUUUUAUGUGAAGCUCUCAAUAUUUUCGAGUUUAAACUUUCUGCUCUGGUAAUAUAAUUGCCUUGAGAUUGUCU